UCCAGUCUCAGUCUGUUGAGAAGCUUCGUUGUGUGUGCGCGUGCUUAAGACCCUUUUACGUUCGACAUUCGUAAAAAUGGUUAAGAAGAACGGUCUCGAAGAAGGGGCCAGUAGCAGCGUGACGCCUACAGAGUCGACUCCUCUUAUAGCCAAACUUGAAGAUGGCAGUAAUGAAAGCGGUCCAGGCGACAAGAGUGACAACGGCGGUGGACUCUCGAUGAAGCAGACAGCAUUCCUGAUCGCUGGUGAGAUGGCUGGUAGCGGUGUUCUGGCGCUUCCACGGGCUCUCGUUAAAACUGGUUGGGUUGGUGUCCCCAUCAUAAUCCUGAUGUGCGCCAUCGCAGCCUUCAGUGGAAAGCGUCUUGGCGACUGCUGGACCAUCCUUGAAAGCCGUAACCCCGAUUUGAGGACCAGGAAGAGGAACCCGUAUGCUAUUAUUGCUGAACAAUCACUGGGAAACAUGUGGAGCGUGGCCGUGUCAUUGGCUAUGAUAGUCACCCAGUUCGGCGUGGCUGUGGUAUACUUACUGCUGGCUGCUCAGAUCAUUGAACAGAUCUUCCUGUCCCUCAUACCAACAGUCUCCAUUUGCAUCUGGUACCUGGUUGUCGUUGGCGCAAUGACACCACUGAUGCUUUUCGGCACCCCUAGAGACUUCUCUUUCCUGGGCGUAAUUGCAUUCUUAUCAACAUUAGUGGCUUGCAUCCUGUACUUCAUCCAGAUGAUGAACGAUAUCCGACCAUUCGGCGUUUUCCGUUGGGGUAUUCAUGGGUUCAAGGACUUCUUCCUCGCUUUCGGCAUCAUAAUGUUCGCCUUCGGAGGCGCGACCACCUUCCCAACCAUUCAGAAUGACAUGGCGGACAAGUCGAAGUUCAACAAGAGCGUACAGUACGGUUUUCUUGCUAUUCUGGCUCUGUACCUUCCAAUUGCAAUUGCUGGAUACGCGGUAUAUGGAGAGUCAGUCGGUUCCAACUUCAUCACAUCUUUGUCAGCCACACCGCUGACCCUUGUCGGCAACGUGCUGAUGGCGAUCCAUCUUGUCACCGCUUUCAUUAUCCUCAUCAAUCCCGUCUGCCAGGAGUUGGAAGAGCUAUACGGUAUUUCUAGAGAUGCGAUUGGAUACCGCACACUGAUCCGUCUCUCCAUCAUGUUGGGCAUACUCUUCAUCGGCGAGAGUAUCCCCCGCUUCUACACGAUCUUGGCACUCGUCGGAGGAACGACAAUUGCGCUGCUCACUUUCGUACUACCCUCAUACUGCUAUUUGAGCCUCGUGAACCAAACACCGCCUGAGGGACAAGCGCCUACUGAAGUUGCUGGAUGGGUGAAGUUGGUCUGCUGGGAGAUAAUCGUAAUAGGAGCUGUUGGAGGCGUUUGUGCUACUUACAGCGCUAUCAGCGCUAUCUUCAGUACAUCUCAAGCAACGCCGUGCUACUUGCGGUAGAGCGCCAUCUAUUUGAUGAAGCGGUAAUCAUAGAGAAACUUGCAGCUAAUUUUCUUUAAAAUUACGUAUUUUAAAUAAUUUGAUUAUUUGUCAGAAAUUAAAUACUUCUGCAAUAAUCAAAUAUUGAACUUAUUAAUAUUGCUCAUAUUUGUGUAAUAUGAGCAAUAAUUUUUUAUUUGCGUAUUUUUUUUAAAUUGUAUUUGCAAUUUAGCUAGGCUUAUAGUUACACUUAUAUAGUUAAUAUAAUUAAAAACAUUUUAGUUACUUUUUAGUGUAUAACUGUACGUUAUACGUUUUUUAAAUGUAACUAAUGUUUUUUAUUUUUGUCUUAAAACAGUUUUUUAUAAAGUUUAGAGGUAAGAUUUAUGUUUUCUUUUCUAAUAUACGAUAAUUUCUCAAA